AUGGCCAACACAAAUCGCGUCCUCGAGGGCAAACUCGGUAUCGUAACUGGUGGAUCGCGGGGAAUUGGCGAGGCUAUUGCGCGCAAUCUUGCUUCAAAGGGCGUCUCACUCAUCCUCAACUUCACAUCCGAGUCCUCACGCGGUCUGACAAAUGAGCUGUGCGCCUCGCUAUCCGCAACCCACGGUGUUCGUUGCGAGAGUGUCCAGGCCGAUCUAGGCAAGCCCGAAGAGGCCGUAAAGGCAAUUCUCGGAGUUGCACAAGAAAAAUUUGGAUCUUCGGGAAAGCUCCAGAUUGAUAUCCUCAUCAACAAUGCUGGAGUUUCCGCAGACCGAAACCUGAACGACGCAAAGGGUCCUAUCGACGCCGAAAACUUCAACUGGCACUACACAAUCAACGUUCUCGCUCCAUUACUCCUCACUCAAGCUGUCGCUCCUUUCCUCCCUACCGACCGAAGCGGUCGCAUUGUCAACAUUUCGAGUGUCUCUUCCUCUUUGGGCUUCGUUGGCCAAUCGGUUUAUGGUGGCACCAAGGCGGCGCUGGAGUCUAUGACACGUACUUGGGCUCGUGAGCUCGCUGAUAAAGCCACUGUUAAUGCUGUGAACCCUGGUCCGGUUAUUGGAGAUAUGUAUUUCCUGGCUGGCGAGGACUUUUGGAAGGAUAUUCAGGGCUUUGUGGAUAACACACCGGGAAGCAAGCUGGAUGAGAGUGACCCGGACACUAUGAGUCGGAUUAAGGAGUCGCAAGUCCAGAUUAUCAAGGAGAAGAUGGGUGGGCGGAGACCUGCUUUCACUAGUGAGGUUGCUGGGACUGUGUGUAUGUUGUGUACACCUGAUGCCCAGUGGACCACAGGGAGCGUGGUUUGUGCCAACGGUGGCAUGAGAAUGACUGUUUAA